AAAAAAAUUGCACUCAGAUGUUGAAACUUUUGUAUUGGUUAUAAGCUGCAGCUAUGCCAAAUAGCAAACAUAUUUGUAAAAACCUCAAUUUACUUUUGUUGUGUUUUUUUUCUCAUUUUGCUUAUUCAUUGUAAUGCAUUUUAGUAGCUUGGAGCUUUCAAGGGAUGCAUAUUUCUUUAAAUCAUUCCACAAAAUGAUGGAAAUGCCUAAUAUUUUAUUUGAUAUUUGAGUAAUAUAGUUUGACAUGUAUAGAUUUUCUUUUAUUUUUACAAAUCAAUAGACUGUCUGGGGCAGAUGACGCAACAUCCGCUUUAGAGCAUAUUGCGUCAUCAUUGCAGGCCCUAACCGGAAACAGAGAAUGACGGGUGGUCUCGUUUCUGCUUUGAUUGCAGGCUAAUUUUUUGUUGUUUUUAAUAUCGGUAGCUUUAACAGAACGACAGCCGCUGGUUUGCAAGUCCCACCGAGUCUCUACAGGUGUUUUCUGUCUCUGAGGUCCAGCUGUGAAGUCCGUUACCAUGGCGUCUCCGGGGGGACAAGGAGGAGGAGCUUUGUCCACAAGGGGCGGGGCCAGGAGGAUGAAGUGGGCCCUGGAGCUGAGUUUGGGCAACACGAGAACCCGGGGUGACAGGCAGGGCGGCCAGGGAGACGUCGUUUACCCCAUCGGCUACUCCGAGAAACCGGUGCCCGACACCAGCAUCCAGGAGACGGACAAGAACCUGGUGGAGAAACGCUGCUGGGACGUGGCCCUCGGGCCCCUGAAACAGAUUCCUAUGAACCUUUUUAUCAUGUACAUGUCAGGGAACACCAUCUCCAUCUUCCCCAUCAUGAUGGUCUGCAUGAUGGCCUGGAGGCCCAUACAGGCUCUCAUGUCCAUGUCUGCCACCUUCAAGCUGUUGGAGAGCUCCAGUCAGCAGUGGCUCCAGGGUCUGGUCUACCUGGUGGGGAACCUUCUGGGCUCGGCGUUGGCCAUCUACAAAUGUCAAUCCAUGGGGCUACUUCCCACACACUCGUCUGACUGGCUGGCUUUCAUAGAGCCGCCUCAGAGGAUGGAGAUCAUGGGCGGAGGGAUGGUGCUGUGAAGAGGAACGGCUCGCACACUGUACCAGAGGGCUGCCCGUCGGGGCCGGGACGAAAACAAAAGUCUGCAUUUCGGCCGUUUCCAGAUGGCACCGGAUCCAGGAUGGACCAUAUUAGUCCAGACAUGUUGCAUGUUUGCUAGACCAGCAACAAGGUGUGUGGCACAGUUUAAAGCCAAGGUUUAAUCCGUCAUCCACACAAAACACACGUCGUCUUUAUUUUGAUUUUUGAUUUUCUUUUCUUUUUUUAAAACGCAGAAACAUAAAUGUUUUCUAAUUUUGAAGCUCAUCACAUUGACCUCAUUUGAGCUACUGCAGAUGUAUUUUUGUUCACAAUAACAGAUUAUUUAUGAGGUUAUUUUAGAGUAUACAGUUACACCAGAUGAUUAUUAUGAGAGUUUUGUCUUUGUAAAUCCAAUAAAAGACUCCAGAAAAUGUUUUCCUUUAUUUUUCUCCUCAAACAUUUAGCUUCUGUUUAUUUCCGCUGCAGUAGGAUCCCAUUCUCGUCUUUUUCUGAGAUAUUGUUUUUCUGAGUUUGUAGCAGAAGGCUUUAAUUUUGUCAGUAGGAGUUUAACGUGCUGAAUAUACUAACCUGCUCUAAUGUGUAGGUCUGCUUAAUUUAUACUGAUUUUCCUUAUGAAAAUUUCUAUGAAAAAUAAAGCCCUGUUGAUUGAG